AUGGUCACUCUGACAGUUCUCACUCUCCUCUCUUUGAUCGGUGAGUUUUUUUUACUAUGAAACACUGAAGGAGUAGAACAGUUCAAGUGCAGGUUAAGUAUUGUAAGACUUUUUUCCUGUCAUAUUUAGGUCUUUCCAGCAGUCGGGCUCCAGACUGCUCAUAUACGAGUCUCUUGACUCACCUGAAGCUGACGCCUGCAAAUGACGUUCUUCAAAUCAUGCGACCUGUGAAGAACUGGACCACGCCAACCCUGGUACAGCUGGACAUGCUGAUUUAUGGGAUUUUACACCUGGUGAGUUUAAUUAUUGAAACAACACAAAGAGCCUGUGCAUUAUGUUAUUUGAUAAGAUAAUUUUAUGAGUCAGUCAGACAGAAAUGGACAAAAAUCAUAUCAAAUCAAUUUAGUUUAAUUCUUCCAACUUUACUCAUUAGAGCUUGUUUAUUAAAGAGAAAUAAACCCUGUGACACAGCGGAAUGAAAGAACCUAACUACUGAUACUGAUACAAAGUAGGCUGGUCUGCUGAUAAACUGAAUUUUAAAAAGCUGGACUGGUCUUAAUAGGAGGAUAAAUAGUCUGUAAAGAAACACAUAAUUGAUAUAACACUCAGUGAACUAAAAUGAUUUAUUUGAAUAGAAUAUAUAAGUGUACCACAAUCAUACAAAAGAAGUAUGAAGCAGAUUUAAGGAAAAAAAGGUUUGAUUCAGCUCCUUCACAAACAGCUGCAACGGUACCAUGAAAGCCCAAAUCUUAGCAAGUGUUUUUCUUAUUUCUUGCAAGUAAAUGUUCUUAUAAAAAUAACCGUAUGUCUCAAUAGGCUUAAUUCGAGCCAAAUCUACCCCAAAAGUCCAGUAAAAUGUCUUAUUUCAAGACAUUGCAAUACAAAAAAGAGGCCUAAAUUGGUUGUAAUGUAUUAAGACAUUUGCCAAUGAAAAAAGAAAAUAUUUUUUAAAGAACUUUGUACCUGCGUAUUUUAAAACUCUGAACUGGUCUCAUUCGCAUGAUACGUCCUCUCUCUCUUAAACCUUAAUGCACUUGCAUCCUUUACUAGGUCAAGUUUGUUGUACCAUUUGAAUAUCAACUUCAGAGACUGUAUUUCUUUUUUUUAUGUUGGAUGUUAAAAAAAAAAUAAUGAUUGUCAUGAUUUGCCGUAUAAAUACUGACUGGAAUGCUGCUGAUGUGUGCAGGAUGAGAAGUCUCAAACUGCGGAGAGUCACAUCUGGAUCCAGAUGGUAAGAAACGAUCUUGUAAAAAUCACAGGUUAAAUCGUUUUGAAGUGUUUCCAUUUUUUAUGCACCAAACUUAAACUUUCCCAUUUUGUAGAUCUGGAUGAAUGAAUUCCUGACCUGGAAUCCUUCAAAAUUUUGUGGAAUCGGCUCCCUGGCCAUCCCAAGAACGAGGGUGUGGCUCCCAGAUGUAACCAUCCAAGAGGAGUAUGUAUAGUGUUCAGGGGAUAUAGGAACAUAUUUGGAUUUGGAUUUUAUUUGAUUUGGGAAAACAGUGUUCUUUAUUUUACAAUUUAAGUAGGUUUUACAGUGUAAGGAUUUCUGUUUGUGCACCCAAAAACAGAGGCAAAAAUCUGAAACUUACAUGUUUUAUGACGUGAACAGGUUCAUGUAAGCAUAUUAGUGAAAAAAACUUCCAUACAUAUAUGAUGCCUCAAGUUUAAAUAUAAAAAUGAAGAUAUAACUGGACCCUAAUAUGGCACAUUCAUAAUAAUAUUAUGUAAACUCUAUGUAGUUGCUAAAGAUUAGUAUUGUUAGUUGCCUGAAUUGAUUUAUUCGAAGCUGUCGUCUCACCUGCCUCAUCAUAAAGCUGAGUAAACAUCAGGUGAUUCACCUUUGUGUGUGUAUUUUUGUUCUGUUUAAUAUCGAGUUAUAAUUUAGCUUCCUCCAUUGUUGUUCUGGCUUUAUAAUAAUUCUAAUGAUUAUUCUUGUGCCCUUAAUGAGCUCUCAGUAAACACUGAGUAAUAACUAGGUAAGUCAUUUUUAACCCUUAUGACAAUUUACUGAUAAAAGACUUCCUGCUUCUGUUCCAUUUCAUUUGCCCACCUGGACUUUUCAUUAUAUUUAGAUCUCUCUGUGACAUCCUGAUUUAACAUAUAAACAGUUUUUGUUUGAUGGCUACUUUUCAGAGGUGUAAAUAAAAGUAGGUAAGUAACCAGCAAAUUAACAAUUGUCAAGAACUUUGGGGAAUUUUACAUCUGUGUGCUUGUUUGACCUUCAAUAAGCUGAAAAAAACACACAAAAAAACUAGUUUAAAAGAUUUCAGACCAUUUCUGUUCAUCGCCAGGAGUUUAUAUUGGUUGAAAAAUAAUAAGUCACAUGUUAUAAACUGAAUCGUAAUGUGAGUUUGUAAUGGUCUGUCAUGUUAUUAUUUAUCUUCCUUUUGCAUAUUGCCUGAUUUUACGACUUACCAUAACCAAUAUUUGUCUGUUCUGUCUGCCACAUGACAAAACAUGAUGUAACAUACCAUAACUUCACAAAACAUAACAUACCUGCAUUGUAAACAUAUGUAAAGUCACAUAAUGUAAUUUGGAAUGACACAAUUCAACCUAAUGUCACUAAAUGUUUGUAAAGUAAAAUAACACUGUGUAAUUUAACGUAACAUAACAUACGUUUUCCGUUUGGGAAGGUUCCCUCAAGGAAAUUUAAAUAUGUAAAGACAUACAUCGUGUUCAAAGUAUUCUGGAAAGUAUUCUGACAAAUUUUAACUCCCUUGUGUUUUUUCUUUCUUUUUCUGUUCCUGGCUCCCCUCAUAAAACCCUUUUUUUUCUUCCUCUUUUCAGUGCCUCAGAUACUGGGAGCAUCUAUGUCGGCCCGCAUGUUAAUUUGUUGUCCAAUGGUUUUGUGGUGUCGACCGCACGCCAGCGGCUGACCUCCACUUGUGAGAUGAACCUCGGCAUGUUCCCCUUCGAUGUACAAAACUGCAACAUCACCUUUCAAUCCAUGAACUCCUUUGGUAAAUCAAUAUAAGUUUACUUUUAAGCCAAUACAAAGGAAUAUGUUUUAUUGAAUUGUUAUUGACUUGAUCUCUACACAGCUUCAGAAAUAACCCUGGGAACCCUCAACAAUGACACCAUGCUGUAUAGAGUCUCUGAGCAGUUCAUGGUGACAAAUGGAGAAUGGGAGCUUGAAAAGCUGGAAAUAGACGAAACUUUUAUUUCCAAAAAGGGUAUGGAUCAGGCCAGGCUUGUGUACGUGGUAAGAAAUGAUGUGUAAAUAAUUUAAGAGCAGUUCCCCACUCUCUAAGUGAUUUUUUCUUUUAAAUUUUAGACUGCCUUGUUUUUUAUUUUCAGAUUUCAAUGUCUAGGAAGCCCAUGCUUUAUGUGAUCAAUCUGAUCGUACCGCUGCUCUACAUGCUGGUCCUGGAUUUGGCCUCAUUCUUCAUCAGUGACAGCAGAGGAGAGAAACUGGGCUUCAAAGUGACCAUCUUGCUCUCCAUCUCUGUCCUACUGCUCAUCUUGCAGGACAUGCUGCCGUCCACUGAGUCCUCCAUGCCGUAUAUCGGUGAGCCACUAUAUAAACCUAGGCCCUGCUCUCAGGGCUUUGUGACUGUGACCAGUGAUUCCCUGAAAACCCUCUUCAAGUUUGGAUCGAGUUGUUUACAAAGUCCUUGAGAUGUAAUUGAGACAGGCUGGACAGCCAAGAUUGAUUCUCUUCAGUUGGAUGCUGACAGGGAUAGGAACUGUUAAAGUUUUAACCAUACCAGUGUCAUCAUAGAUUCUGCUUUUUAGAUUCUUUUAUCACUUUCAAUGGGUUUUCUAUUUUGAAAAAGAGUCAGUCUGAACAGGUUUUCUGUGUCAACAACAAAAACCUUAUUUCACAUUUAUUCUUCCUGAUUUUAUAAUCAUUUAUUAUUUACAGGUAAGCUGAUUGCAGGUGCAGCCUAAAAACAAAGAUGGCUCAUUUCACAUAGCAGCUAAAGAAAAUUAAAGAAGAAAAAUCAAAGUUUCUGUGAGGAGUGUUCGGUUUGAUUCAAUUUUGGUGCCCCCCUGUGGACAAAGUAGCAUUAGCUCAUCUUGUUUUCUACAUGGCUGAGUGGAGCCUUCUUACAAAAUCUCUAACUUUGCUGACUUUUGACAAUCAAAUGUAUAGUGUAAAGACAAAGCUUUUUAAAACAUUUUUUUUACAGCUAAUCUACUGACAUAUAACUUCAGGAAUUAAAAAAUGUAUUAUUUACAUUUUAACAUGUAAAAGUCCUCUUUUUAGAUAUUUCUACAUAACAUAUUAAAUAUUCUGGCUGAUGGUUUGUUUAAUUUUGUAUAUCAAAAGGCAUCAGUAUAAAUUUCUGUCUAUUUCAAAUGUGUCAAAAAACUCCUCACAGGAGCUUUAAUACGUGUAUCUUGUAUCAUCUUGAUGGACUGGAUCAGACAGUUUCUGAAAAAAAAAAUCCAGUGAUCUUCUCUGUGGGAUAAGAUAAGAACAACUUAAUUCAAUAGACAAGACCCAAAAACAGUUUUUUUAUUGCUGGAAAGUCAGUGGUCUCAUGGCGCAUGUGGAUUUUAUCAUAAGUUUGUAAAUUUAUUUUUAGAGCUGAUACUGUAAACACAUUAAUAUAAAGUUGUUUAAGACAGCUUUUGGACAGCUCCUGUUUUCUGUCUGCCACAAUUUGACUUGUUGGUUGUGUUUGCACAGGACUAAGUAUGCAGCACUAUAGUAAAGUAUCAAAAAGAGAACUAUAGAGCACAACCUCUAAUGACUCUUCCUCAGAGGAGGUAACAGAGGUGUAGUAGGAAGAAGACUGUGAUGCAGUGUCGGAGCCAACAGGGUGAAACAGCACUGUGUGUGUGCAUGUCUGAGUUUGUAAGUGUGUGGUGCUGUAUGUUUACUCUGCCUCUCACGCUUCUUUAAUGCUGUGUUGCAUUGUGCAGUCACGUAAUGAGAUGCCAAUGCCAUCAGUUGCGGGGUGCAGUGUAUAACUGUGACAAUGGUGGAAUUUUGUUGUGGCUUUGUAAGAGGCUUCGUUCACCGUGUUUUUUUAUUUAAAAUUUUUUAAAAUAAAUUUUACCCAGGAGUUUUGCACCCUCACCUUACUCACUUUGAGUCUUAAUGUUUUUGCACCUUUAUUUUAGCCAAAUACUGCAUCGCCAUCUUCGCUGUCGUGGGAUUAAGUGUUCUUGAAGCCAUGCUGGUGAGCUUCUUGACCGACUUUGAUGAUUAUCGUGCCACUCUGACUUUACGCUCUUCUAGUACCAAGGAGGAAAUUGAGAUGGAGGAUGGUAACAACAAAGGUACGUUUUUGAGUCCAACAGGCUUAUUACACUGGCAUUUUAUUUUUGAGCUGGCAUUUCAUACAAUAUUAUGAUGGAAAUUAUGAUUUUAACCACUUUAUGUAACAAAGAUCCUAGAGUUGAAACAACUUUGAUCCUGCUCAUAAAUUCUAGCCCGUCUGUAGCGUAGGAGUAGGCUGAUUGUGGGCCAUGGCUGAUUUUUGGGGCUGGUAUUCAGCUGUUUGUCAGUGAGAAUCAUCUGCCUCUUGUUUAUAGAUGGUUGUUAAAAUCAAUCUAUUAAAAGCGCACUACUGUAGCUCUGCUGUGUCUGUUUUCUUACACCACUUUCUGGUCACACAUACAUCUCAACAACUCAUACUCCAAAUAAUUGGUAUCAAUAUCAGUAUUGACCUGUACUGAUCUUUGCUGAGGUGUCUUAUCUCCCCUCACAGAGCCCCUUGGAACUGAGGAAGAAGCUCAGGUGAAACAGGAGAAAAAUGUCCCCUCUCUUAGUGGUCCUGAUGGCCUGGAGCUGCUGAGAUUGAUCCUGCAGGAAGUGAAGGCAGCACGAAAAGAAGAUGAAAGAGAGAAAGCAGAGAAAAAAAAAGGCGGCUACUACAAAAGAAUCGCAGAAAUCAUAGACCAUGUGUUCUUUGUCAUUUAUUUUUUAGUUGUCAUUGUUUUUCUGUCAUACAUGCAUAUCAAAUGGAUCCACAGACUCUUUUUAUGAUCAGUGUAUUAUCUCCCACGUUUCUAAAACAUGCAGCGAUGAUGUGUUUAUUCCAUGUAUUUAUUUCAUUGGUUUAAAAUGUUAAAGGCAGAAAAGAAAGUUGAGUCUGAUCCACAGUGACGGCACAAUGCUCUUGUAGUCUUUCAGUUUGACUGGUUACUAUUCUGCAGAGAAAGUAGGA